CCACGGCCCCCUCGGCCCCACCGCCGCCCCGGCCGCGCUCCCGCCGCCCCUCCUGAGGAGCGGCGGCAGCCCUUUCGCGCAUGCUCGGCGCGGGCGCCAUUUUGGUAGGGCCGGGAGUUCUCCAGCGGAGCGGCGGCGGAGCUCGCUGGGCCCGGCGCGGAGGGGGCGAGGGGUGCCCGCUGCGGAGAUGGCCAACAUCGCGGUGCAGAGGAUCAAGCGGGAGUUCAAGGAGGUGCUGAAGAGCGAAGAGACGAGCAAAAAUCAAAUUAAAGUAGAUCUUGUAGAUGAGAAUUUUACAGAAUUAAGAGGAGAAAUAGCAGGACCUCCGGACACACCAUAUGAAGGUGGAAGGUAUCAGCUAGAGAUAAAAAUCCCAGAAACAUAUCCGUUUAAUCCUCCUAAGGUGCGGUUUAUCACCAAAAUAUGGCAUCCUAACAUUAGCUCUGUCACUGGGGCCAUUUGUUUGGAUAUUCUGAAAGAUCAAUGGGCAGCAGCAAUGACUCUAAGAACAGUGUUGUUAUCACUGCAAGCAUUGUUGGCAGCUGCAGAACCAGAUGAUCCACAAGAUGCAGUAGUGGCAAACCAGUACAAACAAAAUCCAGAAAUGUUUAAACAGACAGCUCGGCUUUGGGCACAUGUGUAUGCUGGAGCACCAGUUUCUAGUCCAGAAUACACCAAAAAAAUAGAAAACCUCUGUGCUAUGGGCUUUGAUAGGAAUGCAGUAAUAGUGGCCUUGUCUUCAAAAUCAUGGGAUGUAGAGACUGCAACAGAAUUACUCCUGAGUAACUGAGCCAUAUAGAGAGAGCUGCUUCUGUAGUCCAGCUUGCCCCUUCUGGAGGAGCAUCACCAUCUGUUAUUCCUAGGAUUCUAUAUAGAUUCUCUUUCAAAACUGGCACUCUUGCCUGAUGAUGCUAUCUAGGCACUAUUGGAGACUGAAAAAAAAGCGCUCUGUAAAUAAAGCUAAUUAAACGUCUGUGUAAAUUUAAAAAGGGGAAAUACUUUAAUUUUUUUUUCUUACUAAAUAUUGUAAAAAUUCUUUGAGCUCAGCUAAGAUAAUGGGGGAAAACAAUGCCUACUUUAGUGUUUAGCAGUGUGACAAAGACUAGCAGGAACUUGCUUCAGGAUUUUGAUUUAGUAAUUCAGAAAGCAACAUUUUGAGUGUUAGUCAUCAAAAUUGUUGGUGCCACUCAUCACAGUUAUCUUACUGUUUUUAACAUGGAUCCUAUGUGCCUGUGGAUUGACCUAUAUUUGCAUGCUUGUACUUAAUAGACAUAUUAGGUAGGGUCGCUGAAGAGAGCACCAUUGAAAUACUCAAUUGCUUUUGUAACUUUUCCUGACAGACUUUGAAGACUUACCCAAAGUUCCAAAUGGUGACCUAUUCAGAACCAUUUUCUUUCUAGCUUAUUAAUUGGGAAACCUGAUUCUCCUCUCCUUUACAUCAUACUGUUGAUUAUGUUUCAUCAUCUGUGGGUAUUAUGUGUGCCAUUGCAGUAGUCUAGACUCCCCUUUAAAAAUACAUAUUUUGAAUUACCAGUAGUAAUUUUCAUCCAUCAUAUUUUCUACACAAUCAUGUAAGGAGUAUGCCUCAAUACAGCACAAAAAGAUGGAGCUGGUUUCAUUUCCUUUUUUUUUGUCUUAAAUAGCUGUAAAUUGUUCUUCAGUACACUCUGGAUAAUAUGAUUUCACAGGGUUUGAAGGAGAACACAGCUGAUUCUCCAGUGUACUGAGAAUGGAAAAAAAAAUUUCUUUGAGUACUUGAUAUGAUGCAAUCAGCUGUUUUUUGCAGCAGUUUUCUAGCUUUAUUUUGGGCUUCAGUUUAAGGAUUGCUUACCAGGUACUUUAAAAUUCAUCCUUGCUUGCAUUUUUCUCUGGUUAACACAUGGAGGCUGCGUUGGUGUUUUUACUGUACAUACUUCAAAUGCACAUAGAAGUAGAAGUGUGUUCUCAAUUUAGCUUUUUUUUUUGAUUGAUGUUUCUGAUAAAUGAGAACUGAAAUCUUACCUUGGCUUGUACAUACAGUCAGUCUUUUUAUUUGUAUUAAAAUGACAUUUCAUCCUGAGUGCAAAA